GCCUUUUGCGUCGCUGAGCCGCAUGAUCAACUGUUUCCCGGCCCAGCUGCUCGGCCUGCUCCUACAAAAACCCCACCCUCCAACCCUCUCCCCGGGUUGGUGCCUUGAAGCCUCUAGCCUUGGGUUGUGAGCCUUGACACCCGAGAGCCUUAAGCCUCGAGCCUGGUCCCAAAUUCAACCUGCCACCAGGCCAUCUCCAACUUCAUCACCCAUAUCGGCUUGCUUGCUUGCCUGCUCGCUUGCCUGCUCGCCUUUCGCUUGAUUCCCUGCCCUGCUUGACUGCUUGCAUGCAUCGUAUCUGUACACAUUCCCGGGGAAGAUGCCACCAUGCAUAAGUCUAGCAAGUCACAUUGGGGCGGCUGGUCAGAUUGGGUCUGGAGUGAAGACUACCAAAGAUACUAUCGCCAGCGCCAGGAUACCAAUGGCAAACUCGACACCGAAUGGCAUGAUGGGUCGACCAGCGCCGCUGAUGAACGGACCCCGCGCGAACCCGACGUAGACGCCCUCGCCGAUGAACUCAGCAACACCCAUUUCCAGGACCCUUCCGCCGCGGCCUACGAGGCGCAAUCACACGAAUACGCCAUUGACAGUGGCCAAUCCAGAACUAAAUCCAAAUCCUCAAAGUCCAAAUCUAAAUCGAAGUCAAGCAGAUCCAAAGGCAAGAGCCGUGCAUACUCCGAUGAUGACGAGGACACAGAGCGGGAGGGCACAGGCGCCAGCUCCUCCAUGUAUCCCGCUACUGCCGAUACCCAACCGCAACAAUACAUCGACCCCGAAACUGGCCAAUACUACACCUACCCAGACCCCUCACAACAACAUGCGACUUAUCCUGACACCUCCACGGCCAGGUCUGGUGGCGCACAUUAUGCCCAACAUGAUCAAAUUCCCGAUGACGAAGACCCCAACAUCCUGGCAGCGAUCGAGGCGAGCCGAAACUAUAACUACGGUGCCCACGCUGCCGGUGAGCCAUCUACUGCGGCCUACGAAUACGACUACGAAGACGAGGGUCCACCGACGCCUCGUCCAGGGAAUUCCCGAACCACCCACAUAGCCGCUACCGAAGGGGAAGCAGAGCAGCUAGAUCCCCGAUAUCGCGUAGAGCACUCCAAUAGAUUUCAGCCAGGAGAGAUCUUCAAGGUGCUCUGGUCCGAACCCCAAGGAACCGGUAAUGACACGGCACCGUCGGUAUCCGAAAGGAAAGAAUACCGAGACAGAUUUGGGGGCAAGAUUUUUGUGGGCUUCCGUCGAUUCAUCGUAAUUGCCAACGAUCAGGGGCAUUGCACAUGCGUACCUAUCCUCACAUAUGGCAGCAAAGCCUGCAAUAAGAAGGGCAUUAAGCCCGAGAAGCAUGGUAUUAUCCAUGAAAGGGGCAACAAGCCGCGACUCCUCUCUGGAGAGCCGAAACUCGGCUUCGCACCCGUCAAGGUUGAGAUAACUCAAGAGGGUGAGAAGCUGAGCAAGGAAUCCCGAGUCAACUACUCCAAGCUAGUCACGGUCGAACACAACGUCAAGGUCUUCUUCAUUGGCCAUAUCGCAGCCGCUGACUACGAUAUCGUUGCGGACGCUGUCAACCGAUGCUGGGAUGAAAAGAUUCACCGCAAGAAGAAGCACAGUCAUCGGUGAGCCCGGGUCCAACCCCCACACACCCACGUUCCUGGAUGCCCAAACUUGGGGCAUCUUGUUCAGGCGCCUCUUCAACGGCACCCAGUUAUAAAUACGUUACUCGAAGGACAGAGGCUUGGCCUACAGGCACUCCUGUUAACCCUUCUCUCCACGAUGUUACACGACAGCUACGGCUCCAACGAGGUUUUGGGGGAGUAGACACUGCGAGCCUGGCGGG